CACAUCUCUGAGAAGACAGGAAACACAUAUCCCCAAAGCGCUCCACCUCCUCGUGGAACUUGUCUCGGGAGGACCUCGCUCACCAAUAACAGUCUCCCGACUCCCUCCAAAAAUACCUCGCAGAAAUGGAUUCCACCAGCCCGCAACCCUUUGCCUCACUCCAUCCCGAGCUCCAGCUCGAAUUCACCCGCCCCUUUACCUCAGUUGUCAAACGCACCCUCACUGUCUCAAACCACCACACCAGCUCCCCAGUCGCCUUCAAAGUCAAAACAACUGCUCCAAAACAAUACUGCGUUCGGCCGAAUAGCGGCAUAGUCUUGCCAUCAUCUAAAUCAGAGGUUCAAGUCUUGCUCCAGGCCAUGAAGGAGGACCCGCCCGCCGAGUUUGUGUCCAAGGACAAAUUCCUCGUCCAGAUCAUCAAAGUGCCCGCCGACGUCGUGGAGCUGAAGGGCGACGAGCUUGCAGCACGGUUAAGCACGCUGUGGAGUCAGGCCGAUCAGCUGUUCAAGAGCAGUCCGCAGACCGCGGCAGACGUGAUGGUGGAGAAGAAGCUGAAAUGCGUCUUUCUCCCGCCCGCGGGUGAGACAUCCACAUCCUCAUCGACUGGGCUUGGGUCUGGGUCCGGAGGCGCUAGCAUCGCUUCCUCCCACCUCAUCGACAGCAUCAACAACACCAACCCACGACUCUCAACAACAGACGGCUUCUCGGACGCCCACUCCCGACGCGUGUCCGUCCUAACCGACGCCCAGUCCCGCCCUAACGCAACCGCCGCCAUCUCUCCCGAGACGACCACCCCCGGCGCAUCGCCAAUAACACCCGUCUCCCCAACCGCCGUGUCCCCCUCCGACAAACUCCCCGCCGAGGGAGCCUUCUCCAUAGUCGCCCCCAAACGCCCACCGCAACCCACCGUCGACUUAUUCCCUGCACCUUCCUCCUCCUCAACCACCCCAUCCCAAUCACAAUCACAAACAGAAAAAGAACUCAAAGAAGUCCGCGAAAAAAUGAAAACCCUCCAAGCCGCCUGCGACGCGUACAAAGCCGAAGUCGAGCGGUUGAAUAUGCUGCGGCAGCGCAAAGGUGGUGCGGCAGCUACUGAGGGUGUGGGAUCCUUGUCGGCGUCAUCGUCGGCGGCUCUGAGCGCGAGUUCCACUGGUGGGUUCGAGAAAGUGGAGAAACCGCAUCAGGGGUUGCCGAUGGGUGUUGGGGCGGCGGUGGCGGUUGCGGCGUUUAUUGUUGGCGCUUAUUUGUUCUGAGAACAA